AUGUUCUAUGUGCGGAGGGUGCCUCACGACACCAUAUCCCUGCUCAUCCCAGAAGUGUGCCAGACCAUCAUCGAUGAGUACAAGGAUGAGGUGAUGAAGUGUCCCACCACUCCUGAGGAAUGGCGUGCCAUAUCUGACAAGUUCAUGGAGAGUGGUUCCCUAUACUACAACUACAAAGGAUUCUACUCCGUUGUCCUCAUGGCGCUCGUGGAUGCUGAUUACAAGUUCAUCUGGGCAGACAUCGGCGGUAUGGGAUCAGCAUCAGAUGCUCAGAUCUACAAUGCCUCUGAGCUGAAUGAAUGCGUUGAAGAUGGUAGUAUAGGCUUCCCUGAUCCCGAUCCUUUUCCCAACGACAACCAGGAUGUGCCCUACUUCUUCGUCGGUGACGAUGCCUUCGCCCUACUACCCAACAUGAUGAAGCCGUACAGCCUCCGGGGUAUGACGCGGCCGGAGCGCAUCUUGAACUACCGGCUUUCCCGAGCCAGGAGGGUCGCAGAAAAUGCCUUGCCAUCCUGGCCAACCGUUUCCAAGUUCUCCUGA